AUGCGACCCGCCUUCCGAAUAGUGGACACCGUCCGCGGGCAAUUCGCCCUCGGCACCAAAGAGAUCUACCUGUCCGUCCCCAUCCCCCUCCCACUCCCCAUCCUCCCACCUAUCCGCCCUCCAAUCCUCCAUACUAACCCUCCCAGACCAACCUUCACGAUAACCCUCCUCCGCAGCUCCUACCUCCCCCCGACCUUCGCGAAAUUCAUGGUCCCCCUGAACCUCAACAAGCUCGACCUCCGGGACUACCUCUACAACGCGUACGGCGUCAAGGUGCUCAGCGUGCGGAGUUUCGUGGCCCAGUCGCCCGUGCGGCAGGACAAGCCGGACGCAGAGCGGCCGAAGCCGCGGAAAUGGUACCGAGAGCGCGCGAAGAAGUACAUGGUUGCGGAGCUCGAGAGGCCGUUUGUGUGGCCGGAUGUGCCGGAGGACUUUUCGCCAUGGGACAAGGAAACUCACGACGCCGCCGAAAAAGAACAGGAAGCUUUCCGAGAGACCAUGAUGCCCGACGCCUCGACCCGGGCCCCCGGCGGGCGGGAUACGUUGGCAGAGCAAGCACGACGAUUGCUCGAGGGCAAGGAGCGGUGGCAGCCGACGUGGCAGGCGCUGGAAGGCAAGAAGAACGCCGAGCCCCGAGCAUGA